AUGACGACCAAGUACACGUGCAACGCGAGCAGCAACUACGGCAUGUGGUUCAAGUACGGGUGCAACUGCCAGGCCAUCAACACCACGGAGCUCGGCUACAAGUCGCUGUGGGCCACGUGCCCCGGCGUCAACCCCUCCGCGUACGGCCGCCGCGCGUUCGGCAACGUGUGGCUGGAGAGCGUGGGGUACGCGGACUGGGUGACGAUCCUGAUGCAGUGCGCGCGCAAGCCGUACCACCUCAGCAACGGGUUCAAUGGCAAGUGCGCGAUUCCUAACAUUUAUGGCAAGCCGUACUGGGUGGGCGGUGGCCCCACCCCUCCCAACCGCGCCAACGGCAUGCCCUGGAACUGGAACCCCGAGCCUCCCUACCUGUAA